GCCACGUGUCAUGUGUGGAAGGUUUUGUGUUGGUGUGAGGUGACCGGGAGGAGCGUGUUGGCGCUCUAGCGCAAUGCUGCCCCUCCUCUCUCUCGCGCGAUCGCUCGAUCACAGCGGAGAAGCUCCUCCCCGAUCGCAGUGAUCGAUGAGGAAGGACCGCGUGCGCAGGAUCGUCGCUCUUGUGAUCGUCCUCAAUCUCAUCCAGCUCGGGUAUUUCUUCCUCCACCGAUCGAUCGAGCAGCAAAAUCCAGACAGGGAUGAGCAGCUGCCGCCCAAGGCCAGGGUCCAUUCCUACGUCGUCAAGAAAUGGUCGCUGGUGGAAUCCUACUCUCCAUGGCUGCCGGCUGAUCGAAGCUCCUCGCAUUCCUGCGAGGCCUUUUUCGGGAAUGGAUUCUCGGAUUUGCGGAGAGUGGUGGAUCAUUCCGGGAGCUAUGGAGGCUCGUUUCGCUGCUACCAUAGCGACGCUCUCAAGACCUCGGUCUGCGAGGGGACCAAGAUGGUGAUGCAUGCAUCGAGAAUCUCCAUGACCGCUGGAGGGGAGGAGAUCGAUGCGGUGAUUGGAAGGGAGGAGCAGGAGGAGCUGCCAGUGUUCCAGGUGGGAGCUUUCGAGCUCCAAGUCCCGGACGAGGCGGAUGGAAAGGCUUUGGUGGAGGGUGGUCGGCUGGACGAGGUGAUCGCGAGAGGUCACGGUGGCAAUCGCCAUGGCUUGCGCUCCUUGGUGGAAUCCAUCCGGACGGUUUCUUCCAAGAGCUCGCGCUGCUCCGAGGUGAUCACCAAGCCAACGCUGUUCGUCACGAGGUUCGAGUACGCCAAUCUCUUCCACACCGUCACCGAUUGGUAUAGCUCCUACGCGAGCUCUCGCGUCGUUGGGCUGGAGGAGCGGCCGAUGGUGGUGUUCUUGGAUGGGCACUGCAAGUCUCCCAUGGACGAUGGCUGGGAAGCGUUCUUCAGCGGUGUCAAAUACGCCAAGCACUUUGGCGACAACGUUUGCUUCGACCGCGCCGUAUUCGUGCCUCUGGGUUACGAGACAGCUCUCUUCAAGUUCCUGGGGACCGGCCUGGCCUGCACCGGCAGCUCGCCAGCAGAAGUGGACGCCUCCAAAACAGCAAGGCUCCGAGAGUUCGGCGAGAUCUUCUCAGCAGCGUUGUCGGGCAGCAAUUCCACCGAAGAGAAUCGCUCCGACGUGAUACAGGUCCUACUCAUCCGGCGAGAAGACUACUUGGCUCAUCCCCGGCACUCCGGAAAGCCGGAGUCGAGGCUGGCAAACGAAGAGGAGCUGUACAAGGCGAUGGUGGACUGGGCCAGCAAAAGAAACAGCGUUGCCGGAGCUCGCAGGAAGAUCACGGUCUUCAACGGGCUGUUUGCUCACAUGAGACUGGCCGAGCAGAUCAAAGCGGUGAAGUCUUCGUCGAUAAUCGUGGGAGUUCAUGGAGCUGGGCUUACGCACAUCGUGUUUGCGAGGCCGGGGACGUCGGUGGUGGAGAUGCUGAGCCCGUUGUUUAUGCGGCCACACUACAUGUUUAUCUCGCAGUGGAUGGGUUUGGAUUACCACUCCAUUGUCAUGGACGACGCCACCGUGGAUUGUAACCAGGUGCUUCGCCACCUUGAUAAGGUCAUGGCAAAACUUACGUGAAAAAAAGAUUUGUAUGCUUCAUGGUUUUAUUGGUGCUUUGAUACUUCUACAGGAGAUACUAUUGCCUAUGGAAAA